AUGCAGACCACUCUGUUGCUUCUCCUACCAGUCCUAGGUCCAACUCUGGCUUGGAUACCAGUGGAGGACUGGGAGUCUGGUAAUGUGACAUCAUCAGUGGGUGAUUCGGGUCAGUGUGUUUGUCAAGUGUACUUGCCUGACACCGUCUUCCCUGCUGACCGGAUGCAGCGCAUGCAAGAAGUUAGCAGGAAUCUGAUCCAGGAAGUAGAAAUUCAAAAGAAAAAUAUAUCAGCUUCUGAAAUUAAGUUGGAGGCCGACUUGGGAGAACUGCAAAAACUGCAUGACAGAGUCUCCAUACUUGGAUCCGAUGUUAAGGACUACAUCAAACUGGACUUUGAGCUGCUCAGGAUUGAGCUCAGAGAGUUUGAGUCUCUGGUGUCUCAACUCAAAGAUGCCUUCAAUUCCCCCUCACCCAUGUUUGACACGCUGUAUAGCGAGAUCCGAAACAUGACCCUCAUUGUGAACCAGCUGGAGUCCUACGACAAGAACAACCUGGAGAUGAUCCGCAUUGAGUUUGCCAAACUACAGAGGAAGCUGGAAGAGUGCCAGGACCAGGAGGUUGUAAAGCCAGAUAUCGGCAACUGCAAUCACACAGGAAUCAUGAGCAUCGGCAAGCCCAUGGUUGCACAUCUUAACUCUCAUUUGCAGACAGGCUACACAUACGGCGGCUGGGGGAAGGACUCCAAACCUGCUAAAGGCUUUGAGUCAAUGUACUUCUACAGUGGAUACAUUAAUUUCGUAACACAUCAGUUCUAUUUCUUCGCAGACUAUAAAGACUUGCUUCUGAUGAAGACGUAUAGAUUUCUCGGAAUGUCCACUGCUUAUAGAGGCACUGGUAACAAUUACAUUGUUCGUGGCAACACCGUUUAUUAUCAGAGAUACUCACCCUUUAGUAUGGGCAGGUUCAAUCUGACCAGCAACAAAUAUGGUUCAAGGGUGAUCCCAGCCAGCGUAGAUUUCUCGUAUAGUUUCUCGGAAAGACAGAACAUGGACUUUGCAGCUGAUGAAACUGGGUUAUGGGUAAUGUAUGCCUCUGAUGAGAGCAAAGGUAAUAUAGUCAUUGCAAAAGUAGAUGAGAAAGACUUUGACAUUGAGAAUGUGUGGAACACAACGGCGUUCAAACCGAAGACCAGCAACGCGUUCAUGGCCUGUGGAGUCAUGUACGCCACCAGGCCUGUGGACGGGAACACAGAGGAGAUCUACUACGCCUUCGACACAAAGAGUGGUGAGGAGAAACACCUCAAUAUUCGCUUUCAGAAGUUCCAAGAACAUUUUUCCAGCCUGGACUACAACCCCACUGACCAGCUACUCUACAUGUACAACAACGGCUACUAUGUGGCCUACCGUGUUAAGUUUAACAUGGAAUGA